ACCUAACAAGAAGAAGAAGAAGAACCACCGUAUCUCUAUGGUAACGACAACUAUCUUUUUGUCGUGCUCUGUAAGCUUGUUAGCUUCACACGAUAGCUGUAAACAGUAACUUACAGCUUAACCUCUUUCUGCGCUGACAUUGGUUCCGCUUAAAACCGAGUACAGAAAAGACAAAUAAUAAUAAUAAUAAUAACAACAACUCCAGCUAACUCCAGCCGCUAGCUGUCUCUUCGUGAAUGUUUACACGUUAGGUAUUAAUGGCAGACUUUUGGAACACAGACACCGGAGAAGCUGUGUUUCGGUCCCGGGAUGCUGUCAAAAACUUGAGGAUUAAGGUGCGCAUAGAGAGGGUGACCUCCACAGCAGCCCUCUCACAGCACCUCCAGCAGCAAAUUCUGUCACAGCAAGACGGAGGAGACAUUGAACUGGAGACCCUAACCCCACAAAGCCAGACAGGUGAUAAUGAGGAGGAGCUGGUGGUGGGCUGGCAGGAGAAACUCUUCAGUCAGUAUGAGAUGGAGCUGUUCCAGAACGAGGCAGCAUGUCAGACCCCGCUGGACCGUCAGUACCACACAGAAAUCAAGGCCCUGAACAGAGCCAAGGGCCGACGGAAUAACAGGAUUUUCACAUACACUGAUCACGACCGCUACACCAACUGUCUUCCAUUCCACCAACUACAGCACACCACUGAAUUACUGACCACGACCAAAUCCAGCCCCACAUUCCUGGCUCAAAGGAUGGCCAGCGUGAGACACAGACGGCAGGACAGACGCACCAUGGAUUCUAGUAUCCCUAAGUCAAAGAUCAUCAACUGGGAGCCCACAGAGGAGUUUGUGAGGAGCAGUCAUGUGGUGAAUAGUACCAUGCAGACUAUGCACAUCAUGGGAGACCUGAGUCCUCCUGGCAGGCUGGGUCAGAAAGAGAGUGAAUGUUUGCUGGUAACUAUAAAAACUGAUGGCAAUGGAACAGUCAUAAUCAAACCCGACUUCAACAAAGGCAAAGAGCCUUACAGGAUUGUGACAGACGGGGAGAAGAGAGAAGUUUGGCGACUCUAUGUUGAAAAUGUCUCCACAACUAUGAAACCAGAGGAAACAGAGAGGGAGCAGAACAUGUAUAAAGAUCUUUAUGUACGACACAAGGAGUACCUCAAUAGCCUUGUUGGACAGGACUUUGAAAUGCCUCCUGUAGGUGUUCUGCGUUACAUGAUGAAUGGAGAGAUAGUCUCAGCCAAAGGCUUUGAAUAUGAUAACUUAUACAUCCACUUCUUCAUGGAACUGCCCAACAAUUGGUCCAGUCUGCCAUUUCAGUCUCACUCAGGGGUUACCCAGACCUGCCAGACCAAAACAUUAGGGAAGGAAAAUGUAGCUUUCUUCAGUUACCCCUUCAGCUUUGAGGCUUUCUACAUGUGUGAAAAAGAGAGUGAGGAAUCAGUACCACAGUGGCCAGUGCUCUACUUUAAGGUUCUUUCUCUGGACUCCUGGCAGCGCUAUCGGACUGAAGGCUAUGGCUAUCUGCUUUUUCCUGCCAUGCCCGGUAAACAUACAAUAACAUGCCAUACCUGGAGACCCCUUCAGACGGGGACAGUCUCUGCACUAAGGCGCUUCUUUAUUGGAGGUUCUCCAGAGCUUGAAGACCACAGCUACGUCAGAAUACCAGGGACCUUCAAGGGUGAGAGGCUGAGUCGCUUUGGCUUUUGCACUGAAACCACGGGAAGUGUCACCUUUAAUUUGCACUGCAUCCAGCAAGCCAGGGCCUUUAUUGAUGCUGCCAUGUUGAAGAAGAGGAGGCAGAAAGUUUUUGACCAGCUGGGGGGAUUUAGUCAACAAGGAGCUGUUUGCACCAUCCUGGAGGCCUUCCAGCGGGCCAGGAGAAAGAUGAAAGAGGCCAGAGAAACUCUUCCCAGAGACAUCAUCAACACCACUGCCCAACUCCAGACUGAAUCCUCUGCAUGAGUGUGGAAAUCUGUGAAGGACUGUCAUUCAGUCAACAGCCAAAAAUAUCUUAGAAAAACUGUUUUGAGGUUUAGAACAAAAGCAACAUUACCAGCAAGUAUGAGUGUCGCCGACCUGAAAUAGUGCACAUUUACUGUGUUUUGCUGAUAUUAUAGGAAUGUGAUGUACUGUAACAAAUCAGAAAGAAGAAGACAGUGUCUGCGUGCUAGUUAUUCUUUGUAAAGAUAUAUUGGAAGGGGUAAUAAUUGAGGUAAUUAUGUGGUAAUUAUUAAGGAUCGAAGCCACACAUUGUAUUCUAUGUACAGUCUGUUUCAGAUUUGAGUUGAAUGGAAACAAAUGGAUUGGAUUGUUUUUCUUUUCUUUUUUUUUUAACAUUAGAAUU